CACUUCUUCGUCUGAGCAGCUCGGAGGUGUAGGAAGUGGAAUUUCCAUGGACGACCCGGCGUCGAUGGAAGAUCUGAUGUAUGAUAGGGCUUCUGAGCAGGCUGCUACGGGACAUCAUGCGACCGCAGGACGUGCGAAUCCAGUCGAGCUACAACAGGAGGGAUCGUCUGAGGAAUUUGCUUCAGGUUUGUGGCCCCCACGUGCAGAUGAGAUACCAC